AUGUGUCCCUGGAAUAACGUGGUCCUGCGCACCACGGGCGAAAUCAUCAGGAUGACCUCGCGGGACCCAAGCUAUUGGUAUUAUUACCCGGGCUACUACUACCAUCCGGAUGAUGUUAUUGGCGGAAACAUGAACAUGACGGAGGAGCAGUGGAACGAGAUGAACAUGUGUUGUACGGUGCUGGCGCCACCGGAGUUCGGAAUUCCGUCUGUAGAAGAGGAGAAAAUUAGGAGGGAGGAUGAGGAACUCCGAUAUGGGGAGUAUUGUAACUCUGAGCUAAAAGACAAGAAGAUGCGCAAGAAAGUGGUGACUGCGUUUCUUGGACCAUUGACUUUGGAGGAGGCAACUGGGAAAGGGUCGAAGAAAAAUGCAGGGUCGAGAGUCGGGCCAGUGGUAAAUGGUUUGGGCGUCAUGGCAGUUGUGGUCGCGGUGGGAGGGUUUUUGUUGAUUUGA